UAUAAUUUCAAAAUAACUUUUGUAGCCUUAUCAAUGACCUUGGGGUAUUUUUAAUAUUCAUGAUAAUGAUGCAAUAUAUCGUACUGAACAAUUUAAACUUUAACUUAGAAAUAACACAGUGAGAUUUACAUAAGAAAAAACAUUCAUGUUGGAUAAUGAGAUGCCACAACCUACCGUACGAUCCACUAAUACCCAUUACCCACUAUAAAACGCCUCUACAGUAAUAUAAAUGUGUACGAAACACUACUCUGAAUAUAGCCACGGAAACUGUUAUUCUCGACGAGUUGACAGCAACAAAGACAUUCACUGCCUUGACGGUCGCGUUCAAUAAGGCCACAUCCACACGACACUGGGUUGGCUGACAUUACGAAAGAACCCGGAUGGGCCCGUGGUGAAACUACGUCAUUGUUCACCGCCGGACGCUCUUUGGAUUUUAGAAUGGAUGAACUCAUUUAAAUUAAUCAUAAAUUUACAGAAAAUGAAUAAUGACCAUAGUUGACAAACCUCCAGAGAAACCUGACCUGGAGUCAGUGCGGUGCAAGCACUCCAGCUCCCUGACACCUUUCUCCUCCAGAGACAUGGAGAGCAGUAGUUCGAGCUGGAGUGUUGGCCCUUCUGCCACUGAGAUUUCAAGGGCCAAGACUGCCUGUACGGCCUCGACCAUUGGAGUGACUCUGAAUGGUAGUGAUAACACAGCACUCCAAGUCGAAAGGCCCCGAGAGCAAGUGGUCAUGACCAGUGGGGAUGGCAUUGCUCUUCCUCAAAAAGUCCUGUUUUCCCCAGAGCGGCUUUGCUUGAAAUGGAACCAGGGCCACCGCGUUGGAGCAGGUCUCCAUAACCUGGGCAACACAUGUUUCCUAAACUCUACCCUGCAGUGUCUGACCUACACGGCUCCCCUUGCCAACUACAUGCUGAUCAGAGAGCAUUCCAAAACAUGUCAUGAGCCUGGGUUUUGCAUGAUGUGUACCAUGCAAAAUCACAUCAUCCAAGUAUUCGCCAACUCUGGAAACGUCAUUAAGCCUAUCAGUGUGCUUAAUGAGCUAAAACGGAUUGGAAAGCAUUUCAGAUUUGGAAGUCAAGAAGAUGCCCAUGAGUUCUUGAGGUACACAGUGGAUGCUAUGCAAAAGUCCUGCCUGCCUGGAAACAAAUUGGACAGGCAAACUCAGGCAACCACUUUUGUACAUCAGAUAUUUGGGGGUUAUCUGAGAUCCAGAGGUAG